AUGGCGGCUCCUGUUGAUCCAGCGACGCGCAAGAGGGUGCUGAAGGUGGUUUUUGUCUCUUUGCUGCUGGACCUGAUCAGCUUCACAUUCAUCCUACCGCUGUUUCCAUCUCUGCUGGCAUACUAUCGAGACCUUGAAGCGCCCGCCCAGUUCCGCAGCUCGAAUCAAAAGCCCUCUAUCCUCGCGCACAUCCUCACAUACCUGAAUACAUACAAGGCUUCGUUUGCAAAGCCGAUCGACUCGAGAUAUGAUAUUGUACUGUUGGGAGGAGCUCUGGGUAGUUUGUUCUCGACUAAUGAGCCCGGCAGCCUCCUCCAAGCCCUCUCAUCUCCAAUCAUCGGCACACUCUCCGACCGCUAUGGCCGGCGAACUGCCCUCUUGGCCAGUAUGAGCGGCAACAUCCUCAGUGUCCUUCUCUGGGUCUGCGCCACAGAUUUCAGCACCUUCUUGCUCUCGCGCGUUGUCGGCGGCCUCUCCGAAGGCAAUGUUCAACUCGCUAUUGCCAUCGCAACCGAUAUCUCGGAUGAGAAGCAGAGAGGGGCCACGAUGGCAUUGGUGGGCGUAUGCUUCAGUAUCGCGUUUACGUUUGGACCGGCUUUGGGCGCUUGGUUGAGCUCCAUCAAUUCCGUCAGAGCGAAUCCAUUUGCGACUGCAGCUGGGUUCUCGCUAUUCUUGAUCGUCACCGAGACCCUCUACUUGUAUUACUGCUUGCCAGAGACUUUGCCCAGCAUGGUCGCUUCGGCUAAGCUCAACGGGACUCCAGCUGCGCCAAACGGGUCUACGGAACCGAUGAGCCGAUCAGCCCCGGCUACGCAAGCUCGAAAGGUCUCUUCCGAGACUCCCAAAGUAGCGGGGAAGCACGUGAGGACGAACUCGCAUUUCCUGCUCAACCUCACUCAUCUCGGCUUCAUCCUGUUCUUUUCGGGCAUGGAAUUCUCCCUUCCGUUCAUGACCUACGACUUAUUCGGCUACACAUCUGCGAAAAAUGGACGACUACUCGGCUACAUGGGCCUUGUAGCAUCGCUCCUCCAAGGUGGCGUGACUCGCCGUCUUCCGCCUCUCAUGUCAGUUAAGAUCGGUGUCGUAUCCUGCCUGCUGGCGCUUCUCCUACUCGGGCGCAUCGACACUAUACUCGGCUUAUACACUGCGACCACCUUGCUCGCUGUAACUACAGCUACCGUUGUCACAGGCCUGAACGCGCUUAGCAGUUUCGAGGCAGGCGAAGACGAGAGGGGGGGUAAGCUAGGAAACCUGCGCAGUUGGGGACAACUGGGACGCGGUAUUGGGCCACUGCUGUUCACGAGCGUCUACUGGUGGGCGGGUCGCGAGGUCGCAUACACCAUUGGGGGCAUGGGUGUGCUCGGUGUCAGCAUGGUUGUAUUUUUCGGACUGAAGACACCAGCUGGGACGGAGGGGAAGAAGAUCAAGGAUCUCAAGAAUGCAGAGGCUGUGCAGCUGUAA